GUCUCAGCGAGGCACCGUGAGGAGAGCCCUGCACCGUUAUCUCAGUUGGAGUGGUGACCAUGAAGACAGCAGGUCGGAGGUAUCGCCCUGCGGAUAGUUUUAACAUCCCGGCGCGUUGAGCGGUUCCCACCCUUUGAGGACUGAAUGAAGAGUCGGAAUGGCAGGAGGACGGAGAGGACUUGUGGCCCCUCAGAACACUUUUCUGGAGAAUAUUGUCAGGCGGUCAAACGUUUGGACAUUAUCACAUAGACAGACAGACACCAAUUUCGUUCUGGGAAAUGCUCAGAUUGUGGACUGGCCCAUCGUGUACAGCAACGAUGGAUUCUGCAAGCUGUCUGGCUACCAUCGGGCUGAGGUCAUGCAAAAGAGCAGCACCUGCAGCUUCAUGUACGGGGAGCUUACUGACAAGGAAACGAGCGAAAAAGUACGACUAACCUUUGAAAACUAUGAGAUGAACUCAUUUGAAAUACUUAUGUACAAGAAGAACCGAACGCCAGUGUGGUUCUUUGUCAAAAUUGCUCCAAUUCGUAAUGAGCAGGACAAGGUGGUGUUGUUCCUCUGCACUUUCAGUGACAUCACAGCGUUUAAACAGCCCAUUGAAGAUGAUUCAUCUAAAGGCUGGGGAAAGUUUGCCCGUCUGACCCGAGCGCUAACGAGCAGCCGAGGGGUCUUACAGCAGCUGCAGCCCACCGUCCACAAGGGAGAGAACGUUCACAAGCACUCUCGUCUGGCCGAGGUACUGCAGCUAGGCUCUGACAUUCUCCCCCAGUACAAGCAAGAGACGCCAAAGACCCCCCCUCAUAUCAUCCUCCACUAUUGCACCUUCAAGACCACCUGGGACUGGGUGAUCCUCAUCCUCACCUUCUAUACCGCCAUCAUGGUGCCCUACAACGUGUCCUUCAAAACCAAGCAGAACAAUGUGACGUGGCUGGUGGUGGACAGCAUCGUGGAUGUCAUCUUCCUGGUGGACAUCGUGCUCAACUUCCACACCACCUUUGUGGGCCCGGGCGGGGAGGUCAUCUCCGACCCAAAGCUGAUCCGCAUGAAUUACCUGAAGACCUGGUUUGUCAUCGACCUGCUGUCCUGCUUGCCCUACGAUGUCAUCAAUGCCUUUGAGAACGUAGAUGAGGGCAUCAGUAGCCUCUUCAGCUCCUUGAAGGUGGUGCGGUUGCUGCGGCUGGGCCGGGUGGCGCGGAAGCUGGAUCACUACAUCGAGUACGGGGCGGCGGUGCUGGUUCUGCUGGUGUGUGUCUUCGGCCUGGCUGCCCACUGGCUGGCCUGCAUCUGGUACAGCAUCGGGGACUACGAGGUGAUCAACGAGGACACCAACUCGGUGCGCACGGACAGCUGGCUCUACAUGCUGGGGGAGACGGUCGGGUCACCCUACCGCUUCAACGUCAGCGGCUCCGGCAAGUGGGAGGGCGGCCCCAGCAAAGACUCGGUCUACAUCACCUCGCUGUACUUCACCAUGACCAGCCUCACCAGCAUCGGCUUCGGCAACAUCGCGCCCACCACGGACGGGGAGAAGAUCUUCGCCGUGGCCAUGAUGAUGAUUGGCUCUCUCCUGUAUGCAACCAUCUUUGGUAACGUCACCACCAUCUUCCAGCAGAUGUACGCCAACACCAACAGGUACCACGAGAUGCUCAACAGCGUGCGUGACUUCCUCAAGCUGUACCAGGUGCCCAAGGGCCUGAGUGAGAGGGUCAUGGACUACAUCGCCUCCACGUGGUCCAUGUCCAGAGGCAUUGAUACUGAAAAGGUGUUACAGAUCUGCCCGAAGGACAUGCGUGCAGACAUCUGUGUGCACCUGAACAGGAAGGUGUUCAAAGAGCACCCGGCAUUCAGGUUAGCAAGUGACGGUUGCCUGCGGGCUCUUGCCAUGGAGUUCCAGACCAUCCAUUGUGCUCCCGGGGACCUCAUCUACCACGCGGGCGAAAGCGUGGACAGCCUCUGCUUUGUGGUGUCGGGGUCCUUAGAGGUCAUCCAGGAUGAUGAAGUGGUGGCCAUUUUGGGAAAGGGGGACGUGUUCGGGGACGUGUUCUGGAAGGAGGUGACCCUGGCCCAGUCCUGCGCCAACGUCCGGGCCCUGACCUACUGCGACCUCCACGUCAUCAAGCGCGACGCACUGCAGAAAGUGCUGGAGUUCUACACCGCCUUCUCCAACCACUUCUCCCGGAACCUGCUGCUCACGUACAAUCUUAGGAAGAGGAUUGUGUUCCGGAAGAUCAGCGAUGUGAAACGCGAGGAGGAGGAGCGUCUGAGGAGGAAGAACGAGGCCCCCCUGAACCUGCCCCCCGACCACCCGGUGCGCCGCCUCUUCCAGAGGUUCCGGCAGCAGAAGGAAGCGCGGCUGGCCGCCGAGCGCUGCAACCUGGAUGAGUCUGAUGUGGAAAAAGGCACCAUACACGUGGAGCAGGCCAUGGGCCAGGACGUCAUCGCCACCACCAGCAUCGUCACGGUGACCGAGAGCCCCGCCACCCCCGUCCCCUCCGUCUCGGCCGCCUCCACCUCCGGAGCCUCUGACCGGGCCAAGCUUCAGGCGCCCGUGCCUGGUGGCUACGCGGGCAGCAAGUCCGCCGAGCCCGCCAAGGUCAAGGGCUGGGGCCGCUUCAAGGAGUCGGUGGGCAAGGCGGACAACUGGAACAAAGUGUCCAAGGCCGAAUCCAUGGAGACUCUUCCGGAAAGAACUAAGGCCCACGAGGAGAUAUCCCUGAAGAAGACAGACUCCUGCGACAGUGGCAUCACCAAGAGCGACCUGCGGCUGGACAACAUGGGUGAGGCGCGCACCCCCCAGGACCGGAGCCCCGUCCAGCCCGAGACCAGGCACCCCUUCUACCCCAUCCCCGAGCACACCAUCCAGGCCUCCAUCCUGGAGCUCAAGCACGAGCUGAAGGAAGAUAUCAAGGCCCUCCACGGCCGCAUGGCCGUCCUGGAGAAACAGCUGGCAGAGAUGCUGCGGAUACUCAAGUCCAGGAAGUCCCCCACGUCUCCGCGGCCCCUCUUCGAGAUAUCGCAGCCCGCAUCACCCGAGUCAGACAAGGAGGACAUCUUCUCGUGAACUGCAGAGAUGCAUCACUCUCAGGUGCCGGUUGUUAACAUAACCUGGAGUAAGUGCAUGGACUGUAGGGUGGCUGCUGCUUUUUAUGCGGGGGAGAGACAGUCAUGUUUCUGUGAAAGCACGACAAGGGAGGAGAGAUAGUACUCUCAGCCUCUGAAUGUGCUGACUAUUGGCGGGGAGAAGCAAGGCUGGAAAGAGUGAUGUCCGCUGCAUCCACCCCGCCCCAUCGGGGCCUGGACCAGGCUCUGAACUGCACUGUAGUCGCACCUCUGACAGAGGUCACGCCUGGAGUUACACUGGAUCAUAGC